AUGAAAAUAGAGACGCGAAUGGGACCUCAAACGGAGCGACCACGAUGCCUGAAAGGUGCCCGGACACUUAGAGCUCACUUUUUCGGGGCUGGAGGAGGAGCAGGAGCAGGUGCCUUGGGUGCACCUCCAGGCUUCUGUGCAGUUGGUGAUGGAGGCGGUACGGUAGGUUUUGCAGGCGGCGCGGCUGGCGGCACGGCAGGCUUUGGAGGUGGCGCGGCAGCCGGUACGGCAGGCUUAGGAGGCGGGGCGGCAGGCGGUACGGCAGGCUUAGGAGGCGGGGCGGCGGGCGGUGCAGCAGGCGGUGCAGCAGGCUUUGGGGGUGGCGUAGCAGGUUUAGCUGGAGCAGGUUUCGGAGCCGGUGAAGGUGGCGUCGCUGGAGCCACAGGUGCUGGCUUUGCAGCGCCAGCAGCCGGUACUGGUGUUGCUGCUGGCGCUGCAACAACACCAGCACCGGCUGCUGGCGCUCCAAACCCAGGACCAGGAACAACAGGUGUGCCAGCAAUGCCAGCAGCACCAGCAGUGCCCGCAGCGCCAGCAGCUCCCGCGACCACAGUGAAUGGUAUC